GUUUUUGUUGUUUCUAAUAGAGGAGAGUACCAGGAAAUGAUCUAAAAUAUAACAGUCACUAUGGCGAUGAUGGACAAUAAGGAGUUUCUGAUAUCUCACAUCAGGAACUCUUUCAUUACAAGUGAUGAUACUGGAAUGUGUGAAAUGAUUAUUGAUGUAGAUGAUCAAGAGCAUAGGGGUGGAUUUGCCAGUGAUAGUGGAUUGGAAUCCUCAGAUAAUGAACUCUCCCAUUCAUAUGAUAUUCUACCUGAUAUGGAUUAUGGAGCUCAUAGACGAAGGUCUAAUACAGCACAGAGAUUAGAAAGAAUGAAGAAAGAAAAAAGGAACCAGAGUAAAGUGAAGAAUAUUUCAUGGAAAGAUAACAACUUGAAAUAUAAUGCUGAAGAAAAGGGUCAUUUAUUUGAGAAGAAAGUUGUCAUACCAUCUGAACAACCAGACACUCCACUUAUCUCCAGAUUGUCUGAACAAUUAGACAGUAGUGCCAGUUUAGGAGAAAACCCAUUCUUAGAAUUUGCCAAGUUUGAUGGAAAGGCAAGUGUAGGGGUUUCAACGAAGAAGAUAGAUAUUUUUCUGACAAUGGUCCCACCAGAAGACCGGCCAUACCCAAUGACUGUAGUUGUCAUAGCAACAGCUAAGAUACAGGAUUUGAUUGGCUUGAUAUGCUGGCAAUAUACUAUAGAAAUGAGAGAGCCUCCACUACAGGAGAACAUAGAUGUAUAUUGUUUACACAUUGCUGAAGAUGAUGGUGAGGUUGACACAGAUUUUCCAAGUUUAGAUAGUAAAGAACCAGUGUCAAAGUUUGGCUUCACAAAGCUUGCAUUAGUACAGAAAGAUGUUCCUACAAGUUCCAACAAACCCUCUAUCAUAGUGACUGUAAAUGUUCCUCAUAGAGGUUUUAACAAGUUUCAAAUUGACAGUCUCAACAUUUCUAUGAGAGAUAUACUGGAGAAAGUUCUAAAACGAAGGAAAAUUAAAGUUCGACCAGGUCAGUCAUACAACCUGGAGAAACAAGUAGAGCCUGGUUUACCUGUAGAUCUUGAUGCUAAUCUCUCUAGCAUGGAUACAUUAGAGUUCUGUCUUGUCAGGGAACAUAGUUCCCGUGGAGAUUAUAUAGAAGUUGAUGACGGCAAGACGUCUAAUCUAGCGGAAUCUCUGACAAGCCACCAGUAUAAAUCUUAUAUUGUAAACAUGAUACAUAAAAUCAGAACAAAAACAGAAGUUCAACUUGGUAUAAGUGGAGAGAAGGUAGAGAUAGAUCCAGUGGCCAGUAAAAGUGGUACAAAACUGUUUCGACAGAAACCAGUAACAUAUGAAGCUGAUAGUAUAGCGUCAUGUGAUAUGAUUGAGGAGAAAGAUGGAGGUAAAUCUGUGUUCCGGCUGACAUAUUUUGGACAUGACUACAAACACCAUGAUUUUGAGGGGGACUCUGAAAUGUGCAAGGAAAUAGUUCAUAAAAUGAACAACAUACUUGAACUACGACUAAGUCCAGUCAGAAAAGAUUAUGUCGCACAAAGAGACAAAAAACUUAAAAAGAGAGAAUCUUUUCAUAAAACAUAGGUUAUGAAAUAUAUUUGUCAACAAAAGUACUGGAAAAUUUGUUUCCAAACAAGCUUUGCUGAAAAGAAAUAAGUAAUAUGAAAUUCAAAAGUUAACUUAACAUUUAACCUUCUGGACUCAAAUUUGAUUAAUCUUUGCCACCAGUAUAGAGCCAGGCCAGUCUUCACAUCCAUGUAGUCUGACCAGGCUCUGUACUGUUGGCUUAAUUUAAAGUUUCAUCCUUAUAUCCCCAGUAUUGAUAAUGAACAUUCCAAAAAAAUUGAAGUUGGGUGAGUCCAUUUAAGAAAAUCUGUAGAUUCAGGCAGGUUAAUGUACAAGGAAUAUAAGACUUAUUUAUACCAUGUGAAAUAACAAUGUGAUUUUUUAGAAGAUCUGCUUUACUGGAAUAAAACAUUUAAACAUGGUUGAAGAAUUUUAAAAAAUGUAUGUGAAUGUAUUUGUAAUUUAUAUAGAUAUCUGUGUGAACUAGUAAAUCAAAGGAUAUUUGUUAUAGAUUUGAUUGUGAAGAAUUGUUAAGGAUUUCACACGAUAAUAAAACAUGAAACACAUA